GUGGCUGUGCCCAUGGAGGGCGUAUCGCCGCUGGAGCGCUACCUGGAGAGCUACAGCGGGCAGGAUGACUUCUCCACUAGUCCUCAUCUGUUCACUCCUAUGAGCCCUUAUGAUUUAGAACUUCCAAUUCAAGCAUCUUCCCAGUUAAGUGAGUCCAAGGAGCUCCACACAGACUUCUCCUCCGUGGACCUCAGCUUUCUCCCUGAUGUCACCCAAGACAACAAAGAACAAAGCCUCUCUGAGGAUGGUCAGGAAACCCAAAAAGAGCUUGAUGGGUCACUCCCAAGUAAGGAGGACAGUGGUGUUUUCAUGGAUGAGAGCAGCUUGUCACAUCCAGGUGCAGCUGAGCCAUCUCCUGAAGCUCCUGACGUGUGUCCUCCCCUGACUCCGAUGACUCCGAUCACCCCGGCGACAUCUGCCUCAGAAAGUUCUGGAAUAGUCCCCCAGCUGCAGAAUAUUGUGUCAACUGUAAACUUGGCAUGUAAACUGGAUCUGAAGAACAUAGCUCUGCAUGCCAGAAAUGCAGAGUAUAACCCAAAGAGGUUUGCUGCUGUCAUCAUGAGAAUCAGGGAACCACGAACAACAGCCCUCAUCUUCAGUUCAGGAAAAAUGGUCUGCACGGGAGCAAAAAGUGAAGAGCAGUCGAGGCUGGCAGCCAGGAAAUACGCACGGGUGGUGCAGAAGCUCGGCUUCCCUGCAAAAUUCUUGGACUUCAAGAUCCAGAAUAUGGUGGGGAGCUGUGAUGUGAGGUUCCCCAUCCGCCUGGAGAGCCUGGUUCUCACCCACCAGCAGUUCAGCAGCUAUGAACCUGAACUGUUCCCUGGCCUGGUUUAUAGGAUGGUCAAACCAAGGAUAGUGCUGCUGAUCUUUGUCUCUGGGAAAGUUGUACUGACUGGAGCAAAAGACCGUUCUGAAAUCUAUGAGGCAUUUGAGAACAUCUACCCCAUUUUAAGAGGCUUCAAGAAACCAUCAUGACACGGCUCCCAGAGCAAUCCAGAAUAACCCCUGGGCUUGUGUUGCUGUGCUUGGAGCAGAACCAAGGGCAUUCCUGGACACAUCUGUGGAUUAUUAAGCAAAUUAUUCAUUUCUGAAUGCCACACAUGCUGAUGCCUUUCUAUAGCUUGUGAAAUGUUCUUUUCUUUCAGAUUAUCUGAGUUCUGACAAUUUCUGUCAAGUUAAAGCACUUGAUAAAUGAAUGCACUUUUAACAGAAUGUAUGUUAAGGUGGCACUUUAAAAUAUUUUGUAAUAGAAGCCAUGUAUCUCUUUCCCUGUUGAACAGGUGAAUCCACACUGCACUUCCAAUUGGUUUAAGCAGAAUCCUCAGCUCUAAAUGUCUUGAUUUGCCCCUGCAGUGUUGUAGUUUCAUGUUUAAGCUCAACAUAUAUAAUUGUCUAUAACGUGGCUUACAAAAUCCUGUAUGAGCUGAUUUUGGUGUUUAGAACACAAGUGCUGAAUCACUCUGCUCCCACUGGCUGGGUAAACUCUUGUGUGUGAGGGUAGAGGAUUUUCUCUCACAGAGAAGACAUUCCAGGUCCUGACUGUUGGGACACACAUAGAAAAUCUGUGGGUGGAGGGGUGUAACUAUUAAUAUGUAAUUAAAUUCUCUUAUUUGACAUGGGGCAAGUUAGAUUUUAACCAAAUGGUCCCCACUUGAUGGGAGAUGAUGGGAUUUUGGUGCAGACAAAAACAUGUUGGUUUAGAACUUUGUUAGAAAUGGAUUUAAGGAAAAUGCAAAAAGUCUUGGAUGCUCAUGACAAUUUUAAUUAUCUGUGUUAUUUAACCAGAGUUCAGCUAAUGGCAGUAAUUUGGUAAUUUUGAAGCAAAACCAACGAGGUUUCCUGUACUUGGUUUGAAGUCAAGCCUUUGUUUUCAGAAGGUGUCUUGCCCAGCAGGAACAGGGCAAAGCCUGUCCCAUGGCUGCUCUGGAAAGCCCCUGGAAGCAAUCCAGAGCAGUUCUGCUGUGCCCUUCCCUGCUGAAGGUGUUGGUACCUGUCUGCAAACACCACUAGAGGCUGCUCUUAGAUGAUUUAAGUGUAACCCAGCCCAAAAUCCUCCUCGGUCCUUGCUGGAAAUACUCAGCUCAACUCCCAACAGGGUCUUACUGGGCUGAGUUUUGCUGCCACAAAAGUUUAUUUCUGAUUCGGUGUGGGUGUGGCUUCAUCUUCUGUAUCUGUUAUGUGUCUCUCACAAGUGGUUUUAUAUCUAUCUCCCUGCAAACUUUGAAAAACUUUGUGCACUUCCUCAUGAUAAGCUGGUCUUAGCUGUUAUCGGUGUCUCUGUCAAACUCUGGAUUUCCACACUCAAAUCUAUUUUAAACACAGGCUUACUUUUCUGUUUGCUUUCUAACGUUGGAGACUUUCCACAGCCAUGGGCUGGACUUUUAUUUGCACUGUAGCUGUAGAAGCAGCUGAUGAGCUUCAGUUAGAAUAAUGUUUUGUGAGUGAAAACACCCUGGUUUUAUUGAGGUGUUGGGGGAAAAAAAGUUUAUCUAAGAUGAGCCCUCUUCAAGAAAUCACGUUUUUCCUUAAGAGCUUGCCACAUGAUUUCAGUGGUAAAAUUAGUGUUCUUUAGAAACACAGAUAAGGCCUUAAAGAUAAGAAAUGGGCUCUGUGC